UAAGCAAUAAAUCCAGCGUUCAAGCAAACAUUCGCGCCUUACGACGAAAAUGCGCCAAACUGGCUGAACGACGACGGACUGGGUAAUGGCCGAACGCGUUACCUUGGCAACGACGAGAAACUGUUCUGGAAGGACCUGAUCAAGAAGUACCUACUUCCGCUUGAGAAAAACGAGGCUCAGCAGGCCAAAGUUCAGAACGACCUUCUAGAACUGAGGAACAAAAUGAGUCUAAUGUUCUUCACGCUGAAUGGUUUUUUCAUCGUUAUUGUCUUCACGUUACAGUACACGAACGCCAUCAAGAUGCGCAAGGGCAUCAGCAUCCCGCUGCCCUGCUACGCCAACAACGGGCGGCAGCUGACCCUGGAGCCCAUCUCUCUCCUCUUCAUGAUCGUGUACGCUGUGGCGCUCGUCAUCCAGUUCGUUUCCAUGUUCUUCCACCGUCUCGGCACCGCGCUCCACAUCAUGAGCUCCACAGACAUCAACUGUAUGAAGCCCAACAACCGGGAGAUCAACGCCAUGGAUAUUGCCAGUAAGAUCGCGCUCGUGAAGGAGAUGCAACAAAUGGACGACGAGGACGACAAGAUGUCCGUGACGACCACGUCGAGCAGCAACAUUGACGACGACAGCAGCCUUACGCAGGACGAUUCCCCGAGACUGAAACGCCGAAAGACCGUCAUCCGAAUCACGAAGCGCCGAAAACAGAAUCAGGGACCCAGUGGCGUUUCGGGCAUUGAAGUUCCGGCGGGGCCGGGAGACAACCUGGGAAGCAAAUUCAUGAAGAAUUUUAUGGACCUCGUCAACGACCUACGCAACAAGCGAGUGAGCCAAACAAGCGAACAUAGCGAAGGUGCUUCCGGUAAGUUCGGUCGCCGGAAGGGAAGCAGCGGCAACAAACGAAAGAACAAGAAGGCUAUGCGCGCAAUCAACUCGAUACAGAACGACAAGCGAAUUGUACUCAGAAAGGCGGAGGCCAUUGAGACGAAACUCCAGAAUAUUAACCGCCGACAUGGGGCGGAGGGCACGACCGGCAAGGUUGACACGCGGCUACAUCUCGUUCGCGAUGUGCUGACACAGUCUCGGAUGAGCCUGAACACGAAAGGCGAAGAGGAGAAGCGCAGCCUGCUUCCUUGGCCGAACCGCCUUAGUCGCUCCAAUUCCAUCGAUGCGAUGCCGACGGACGAUGUGACGCUUAAGAGUCUUCCGAAGCGCGGCAGCUAUGGCAGCUCGUCAACGUUGAACAUAAUUGUCGACAGCGAGGAGCCGGAUGUCCACGUGCUCAGCCAGCCGCGUAGUAGCGAUGCGGAUACGAAGAGAGACAGCUUGUUGGAUACGUAUAAAGAUGUGGUAGUCGCGAUGCGACCUAAGUCGGACGCGUCCGCUGCUAGUACGACUUCGGGUGGAGAUUUUAAGUCGAAUAAAUUAUCGGCGGAAGUUCGACCGUUUUCGAACAAUAAAACACCGCGCAUCAGCGAGGACGAUGCGCGCGCAAACUUUAUCGAGUCGGAAUCGGAAGCAUCCCAUUGUGUACACAUCGGUCUUACUGACAAUAACGUAUAG